AAUGGCUAAUUCUCAAGAAAAGAUGUAAUAGGAUUAUAUCUGGAUAAGAGAUUAAUCAACUGGUGAUGCAGAUGUAAAGAUGCGUACAUUUGGAUAACAUUACUUAUAUUAUCAUGCUCCAAAUAAAAGAGAAAGAUUAGAAAUGAUUUGGAGAUCAAUGGGAAAAGCUUAUGAUUGGGAAAUGGAGAAAUUUAGAGUACUUUCCUUAUUUAACAAUUUUAGAUGUAAAAAAAAUUCAUUGAUCGUGGUAAUAAAAGGAGAUUCUUUAAAAACUUUUUCAGAUUCAUUAAAAACCCUUUCGGUUAUAUUUAUUGGAAGACUUAUAGAAUCAGACAACCAAAAGGUAGAAUCAUUACAACUAUGCUUGGUCUUGGUGUGAUUGGAACAUUAUAUAAAUAUAAAUUGGAAUCAAGUAUUUGUUCACUCUAUCACAUUUAGACUAAAUUUAAAAAAGAGAAUAUUAUUUAUUAACUGCAGGCAAGAAUUCAGAAGGAAGUGGAUUAAUUAAUACUGGUUACAAUAAUGAUAAGUUUAUAUUUUAUUGCAUACUUUUUUAGAUUGGCUCGUCAAGGUAUGCCACUCACAUAGAUGUUCUACUCUUAUUUAUUGGCCAAAGAUAUCGUUGUCUCUAGAUCAAGAGAUUAAAAUUAUAGAAAAUACUUUGAAAUGAGAAAAAAGUAUUAAAUCAAAGAAUGAG